CAUACCACAGCUGCAACAAAAAAUACAACUGAUACCCACCAUUUUCCUAAUAAUACUCAUUCAGAGGAGCAAGCUCUGACCAUAUGUCCAUCUAAACCACCCCCUUCUCGGAAACCUUGGAAAGAUGUCUAUUCAGAGCGUUUAAGAGUAGAACGUAAUUGGCGAAACAAUAACUAUCGAUUGCGUACAUUUAGCGGUCAUACCGAUGGUGUAAUGUGUGUCCAAUUUUGCGACAGCAAUGCUGUUAUGAUGACAGGGUCUUAUGAUAAAACCGUUCGUAUUUGGUGUCUAGAUACCGGCAAACUUGUUCGUGUUCUUACAGGUCAUUCUCGUUGUGUGCGUGCCUUACAAUUCGAUGAAGCCAAAUUAGUUACAGGCUCCAUGGACCAUACUUUAAAGAUUUGGAACUGGCAAACAGGUCAGUGUAUUCGUACGUUAGAAGGUCACACAGGAGGUGUCUUGAGUUUGCACUUCAAUUCAAGAAUGAUGGCAAGUGGGUCAACGGAUCACACCAUCCGUAUCUGGAAUUUCUCGGCUGGUGAAUGUUGCACCUUGGCGGGGCACACAGAAUGGGUCAAUUCAGUGCGUUUUUGUCAGGAAGGAACAAUGUUGGUUUCAGCCAGUGAUGAUUCUACAAUUCGCUUGUGGGACGUGCAACUACGUACUUGUAUUCGAGUUUUUGACGGCCAUGUAGGGCAAGUGCAGAUUGCCGUGCCCAGCCAUCAUGGCUUUACACAUCGUUUCAAUGAGGAAGAUGCUUUGUUUCAACAGCAGCAGCCGCAACAACAACAUCAUCAACCAUCAACAUCAUAUUUAGCUGCGGGUCAUAGCAGUAUAUCAUCGUUUCAGCCUGGAUGCGCUUCUGACAGCAGUGCUAGCCGACGGAAUAGCUUAUCCAAAGCUAAAACAAGCAGCACUGCUACGGUCACAACGGGCACCCUUUCUAAAUGCCCUAUUAUUAUUUCUGGUUCUCUAGAUAAUACUAUCAAGAUAUGGGAUAUGAACACUGGUCGAUGCAUUCGUACAUUAUUUGGACAUGUCGAAGGGGUUUGGAGUCUAGCUUAUGAUACACUUCGUAUCGUUUCGUCAUCACAUGAUAAAACCGUUCGGGUUUGGGAUUUAGGUAGUGGCAAGUGUAUGUAUGCAUUGGAAGGACACAACGGACCAGUAACAUCAGUCGCUUUGAGUGAUACGAAAAUUAUCUCGACUUCAGACGAUGGUGAUAUAAAAGUUUGGGAUUACGGAAUCUCACCGACUGAAGCUACAUCAACCACUGCAUUGUAAAAUUUUUUUUUCUUUUGUGUCAUACGACAAAUGAUGUAUCCCUGUAUAACCUUUCCGCUUCCAUUGAGUAUCAAAUUUGUACAUUUUGCUUCUGACUUCUUUAUAACCAAAUUACUAUAUUUAAACAUUAGAAACGCGUCUAAUAAACCACCAUCAUCCUUCCCUCUCCACCCACCCCCCCCCUCCUCGACUAGACACUUUUUUUGAUGAAAGACAUUAGUACUAAUCGAAUAAAAAUUACUUGUGUAUGAAAGGGACA